AUGCGGCCUACCGGCACCCCCUACUAUGAUUACACCGAGGAUUUUAAGGACCCGGAUUCCGAGGGUGCCCGCGAACCAGAUAUGCCGCUCUCUCCUGUUCCGCGCAGAACAGGUAGUGUCACGAAGCCAACCAUCCUGCAGCAGGAUAUGCAGCUGAAAAUGCACGGUGCCAUCGAUAACCAUUCAAUACCCAGACCUUCAAACGGUGGAUACAGAUGCGGCUAUAGUCAGACAAAUAGCAGCAUCGACGAGUCGUUUGACUCGUAUCUUCAAGACGACCAGACAAUCAGCCCGCCCCGCCGAAUGUCGCUGAUAUUUCUCGGCGACUACCUGCCACAGAACGACAAUACGGCUUGA